AUGCUCGCGGGCUAUGGCAUCCUUGCCGUGGUCACUGUCCUGCUCGUGCUGCCCCCAGCUCGUCCGCUACAAGACAGCACCUGCGACUCCGGCAGCACCUUCAGCAGCUCUUUUCAGGCGAACCUGAAGCUCCUCGCCGCGGCGCUCCCCGGCAACGCCUCCUCUGCGCCGUCCGGCUUCGCUAUCCUCUCGGCCAGCCCGGCCUACGCGAUGGCGCUGUGCCGCGGGGACGCAAACGCAUCGUCCUGCGCCGCGUGCGUGAGGGUGGCCUUCCGUGCCGCCGGCCAGAGCUGCCCCAGUGCCACGGGCGUCACCAUGUACGAGGACGGCUGCGUCCUCCGCUACGCCAAUCACCAGUUCUUGGACUUCCUCAGCACGUGGCAGGUCGGCGAGCUUAGUAUCAAAACUGGAUGGGCUCUUCGGAGCCUUCCGGCAGUCGCGGUUGCGCAGUUCAGCGCCGCGGUCACGGCCAUCCUCACCGCCGUGUCUGACCGCGCACUGGCUGCUGCUUCGAGCAACUCCACCACCAACGCCAAGAAGUACUUCGCCACGGGUGAGGUUGAUUUCGACCCCAGGAUCUACGUGCUCGCGCAGUGCGUGCCGGUCUUGACGCCGGCGCAGUGCAGCGGUUGCCUCGGGGAACUUCUUGUGCAGAUAAAACUCCAGCUGGGCACCAAACCACCAUAUGUCACGUCACGUGUGGAGUGGUGCGACCUGAGGUAUAGCGUGCGGCCGUUCUACCAGGGACAGGCCAUGCUGCAGCUCGAGCCGCCAUCUGCUACUCCAGAGACCACCCGAGCAGAGAAGAAAAAGACCAGUGUAGCAGGGAUCUCUGUGGGCGUCGUUUGUUCCCUUGUAUUGAUAUGUACUCUUGCGGGUUUUGUCUUCAUUCGCUUCAGGAGAAGGAUUAAGUCUACCAAGCACGACAACCCAUUCAAGAAAAUCUCGAGAGCGCAGUGUGUCAUAUUUGAUCUGACUGCGCUGGAAGAGGCAACCGAAAACUUUUCGCAGAGGAAUAAGCUCGGAGAAGGUGGUUUUGGUGCUGUGUACAAGGGAAUACUCCAAGAUGGGCAGGAAAUAGCAGUAAAGAAACUUGUGGGGACAGAUAGUCAUGGUUUGCAUCAGCUGCAAAAUGAAGUUCUCCUGUUGGCAGAACUUCAGCACAAGAACCUUGUUCGUUUACAGGGUUAUUAUUCGAACCGGGAUGAUACACUUCUUGUUUAUGAAUUCAUCAAGAACGGGAGCCUGGACAACUUUCUAUCCGAUACUAGAGAGGGACACACACUAGUUUGGGAGCAACAGUACAACAUCAUUCUUGGUAUUGCGAAAGGAAUAUUGUACCUUCACGAGGACUCGAGCAUGAGGAUUAUCCACCGGGAUCUCAAACCUAACAACAUUCUUCUGGAUGAGGACAUGGAACCCAAAAUUGCUGACUUCGGGUUGGCAAGGCUGCUAGGAGAAGGUCACACACAUACCAAGACUUCUGGAGCUGCUGGAACGCCAGGCUAUAUGGCUCCGGAGUACGUGUAUCAUCAACGUGUGUCACCCAAGAUUGAUAUUUUCAGCUAUGGUGUAUUGCUCCUGCAAAUCGUCACUAGGAGAAGAGAGUGCUGGUCUGAUGAUAGCAACACUGUGAACCUCAUCACUGAAGUGUGGAAUCACUGGAAAAAGGGAACAAUAUCACAUAUCAUGGACCAAACACUUAACGAAGAUACUCGAGACCAACAGCUCCGAUGUGUACACGUGGGGCUGAUGUGUGUCCAAGCGGACCCCGCUGACAGGCCUGAGAUUUCCACAGUCAUUUUCAUGUUAACGAGGGAUAACAUGGAGCUUCAGCCACCGGAAGAACCAGCAUUUUUCUUCGGGAGCUCCAGCUCUGGGAGGAACCUGCAUCCUUCUUCUCGAGCUUCAGCUAACACUAGUUUCGUGUUGGUAAAGGACAUUUCUGUGAAUGGGGUUACAAUGACAGAGCCGUAUCCUAGGUAA